ACAAACACUCAAAUUUUGAGAUACAAACACACACAUACUCACAUACUUGAGGAAACUCACACACACUCACAUACAGAGACCCGGAGACCUAGAGGAAAAAUGAGUCGGACUGUACCACACAGGGCGGCUUUCAGCGCUACAAAGAGAGGAGCCAGUGCACAGCUUGAGCUCUCAGCAGCCGCGGCUGGUCCGACAGCCCCUCGCGAUGCCCUGAGGAGAUUCCUCCUGCUGAAGUAUAUCCAGACGCUGCUGCUGCCACUGGGCAACGAGCUGCUGCUGGCCGUGGGUGCGCUGGCCAGCCUCUACACCCUCCUGCUGCUCUCCUCGCCGCACGUCUCCCGCAAGGCUUCUGUCGUGCUGCUGGGCCAGCUGGCCAGGGCUGACGGCCUGCUGCUGCUACGCUGGGGCCUGGGCCUCGAGUUCGGUCUCGGGCUGGGCGACAUGAAGCUUUCCCUGGGUUGUGAUGGGCAGGCAACCCCCUGGAUCGUUCGGGGCCUGCUGCUGGAGGCCCACCACCUGGCCAGCUUGCUGCUGCUGAGCUGCGUGAGCCUGGAGGCACUGCUGGUGAGCCACUGGGCGGCCGAGUCGCGCCACGUGCGAACGGCACAUCACGCAGGACUCGUCUGCACCCUCAUAUGGACCGGAGUGGCGUUGCAGCUGGGCUUACAGAUAGUAGGAUGCUGCUCGCGGGACUCAAACUUGGAGGCAGACGAGGGCUCAAAAUCAGACAUGGACGGGGGGUUAAUCAGGUGUUUCCUGCAGAUUUGUGCCACUCUGGCUCCACUCUCGCAUGUGCUGAUGCAAGGUUUACAAGCGCUGCUCUGGGUGGCGAACACUUGGGUGCUUUAUAAAGUCUUUUACCGUAAGACACAGAAAGGGAAGAGCUGUUUCCACUAGAACUCUUCCCCUUUUUGGGCAUAGCCAAAACAAACAAGCUGGAGUAAGAUGGAUUGUAUUUGUACUAUUUAUAUGUCUUCUGUUAUCGUUGUGGUUUUGAUUGUUUUGUAUUUAAGGUAUUGUGUGCUUGGAUCAGUGUAUUAAGGACAAUUUGACUCUCUCCAGGCAUUUAUGGAAAAACUGAUGUCAUCUGUGUGGCAUUCACUUGGUUAAGAGGAGAGAGAGAGAGAGAGAGAGAGAUCCGUGUUUGUGUGUGUGUGUGUGUGUGUCACAGCAACACUGAGGCAACAAUAUGACUGCUUGCUUACAGAGCUAAUAAAAGUUUUCAAUAAAAAAACA